AUGACCUGCUCUGCUUCCACUGCCUCUUCUGGCUGUCAAAGCCUCGAUGACCUGCGCUGCUGCCUCUGUCUCUUCUGUCUGUCAAAGCCUCAACAACCUGCGCUGCUGCCACUGCCUCUUCUGGCUGUCAAAGCCUCGAUGACCUGCUCUCCUGCCGCUGCCCCUUCUGGCUGUCAAAGCCUCGAUAACCUGGGCUGCUACCUCUGCCUCUUCUGGCUGUCAAAGCCUCAACAACCUGCGCUACUGCUGCUGCCCUUUCUGGCUGUCAAAUCCUCGACGACCUGCUCUGCUGCCACUGCCCCUUCUGGCUGUCAAAGCCUCAACGACCUGCGCUGCUGCCACGGCCUCUUCUGGCUGUCAAAGCCUCGACGACCUGCGCUGCUGCCGCUGCCCCUUCUGGCUGUCAAAGCCUCGAUGACCUGCUCUGAUACCACUGCCCCUUCCCGCUGUCAAAGCUUCGAUGACCUGCGCUGCUGCCGCAGCCCCUUCUGGCUGUCAAAGCCUCGAUGA